AUGUCAUUACCAUUACUAAAAAAGAAAAGCAUCGAAACAGACUCAUUCAAGACAUCUUUUAUCAGUCGCGUAAAACGUGCCUUUGUUUGGUGCCUCUCCUUCACGCCAAAACAGCAGCUUGUUUUGAAAUGCAGUUUUGCCUACAUGUUGGGUAGUCUGUUUACUUUUGUCCCCCUAUUGAAUGUCAUGAUCGGCAAUAAUCGUGUAUCGAGUCAUUUGGUAGCUACAGCUACGGUAUUUUUUAAUCCUGCCAAGUCAUUAGGAGGAAUGGUGGAAGCAGCUAUCUAUGGCUGGGGAUAUGUGCUUUUCGCUUUGCUGAUUUGCUUUGGAUCCAUGCUGACAACAGAUUUUUUCAUUGAUCGUGAUAUGCUCACCAUAGCACAUGCUGUAUCGCUUGGUGUUUGGUUGACCGGUGCAACAUUUGUUAUCGCCUUUUUAAAGGCCCAUUGGAAUAAACCGCCCGUAGCUACUGCCUCCAGUUUAUGUUUCAUCAUCCUAUUUAUUAUUGUCGUGAGAGAAGGUUCGGCCAAUAAGGGUGAGUUCAAUACGACACGAAUUCAACAGAUCGUGUCUGCUGUGGCGACAGGUACUUUGAUAACCAUUUUGUGUUGUGUUCUUUUUUGGCCAACUUCAGCAAGUAAAAAAUUAAAAAAAGAUCUCGAGGCCACACUAAUGUCUUACAAGGUUCUUCUCAAACUGCUGACAAAAACAUUCUUACUGGAUGAGGACGUACCUGAAUUCAAAGCCAAUGAUUCGCUAAAGACGGCCAUUGAUUCUCAUCGAGCCAGCUUCACCUCUUUGCAAAAAUCGUUGAAAGAAGCAAAGCUGGAGGUUAUUUGGAACGCAGAUAUGAGAGAAUGCUCCAAUGAGUUUGAUGCUGUCGUUAAAAGUAUGCAACGGUUGGCCCAAUCGGUGGAUGGCUUAAGAAGUAGUUGUGGGCUUCAGUUUGAACUACUGCUGAUGCGUCAAGAUAUCCCUUCCAUGACUGGAAAGGGAAAAAAGAAGGCUCAAACUUGGCACAUUAGACCCGAUCAUCAUCGCCGUAAGUUUGAAGGAGAGUUAAAACGCCAAAAAAACUUACAACAACAUUCAUCGAAAAGCUUCACUCAUGAUGACACCAAACGGGGCGACACGAACAGUAUUGAAGUUGACAGAAAAGACAAUGAAGCAGAGGAAGGUGUACUCAUUGAGUUUAUUCACACCAUUCAUCAGCCUUUGAAAUCGCUUGCUUAUACCUGCAAGCAAACCAUCAUUCAUUUGCAGAGCGGAUUUUCUGACAAUCAUAGUGGGCAAAGGAAUAAUAGAAUUAGACCUGACUUUCACACCUUGAGAGAUAAUUUAGUUAAAGCCAUUGCGCUCUUCGAAGUUUCGCAACGACAAGCGGUCAAGCGAUUGAACAAACAUCGUCGAAAACAUCAUCAUCAUCAUCUUCCUCUUCCUGAUACUCAACAGCAGGAAAAAAAAGACAACAACCACUUGUUGAGCCCGUUGGAAGACUAUUCCUACUUUCAUAAUCCUAAUGACAACGCCUUCUUGGCUUAUUUCUUUGUAUUCAACAUGAUAGAAUUUGCAAAGGAACUUAUCUCCUUGGUCGAGUCUGUUCAAAACUUGCACCAAAAGAAACAGCAAAAAGCUCCCUGCUUCUUCAAAUGGGUUUGGAAGCAGUUGAGAAGAAAGAGAACCAGCUCCACUGCCGAAGUCAGAAAAAAAAGAAAAGUUGCUCUAUUUAAGCCUAACGAACGCCAUAAAAUGAACACCUUGCAUACACCUGUGCCUAAAACAAAAUGGAGAAGAAUGAUCUUACGUGUUUGGCAAGCCUUUUCUCUAUUUAAACUACAAAAGUUCAGAUAUGCAACAAAAGCUACUUUAGGUGCUGUUUUGUUGGCAUUACCUGCUUUUCGGGAAUCCACAGGAGAAUGGUUCCGUGAGUGGCGAAUGGAAUGGGCACUCAUUACGUUGAUGGUAGUCAUGACUCCUACUGUAGGUGGUACUAAUCUUGUUGCUGUCUAUCGUAUAUUUUCUACGAUACUGGGCUGUUUUGCCGCCAUGUGCCUUUAUCUAGUAUUCCCAGGUAACAUGUACGUCCUUAUUGUAGGUACCUGGCUUUUUUCCCUUCCCAAUUUCUGGAUCAUAUUGCACCACAAACAUGGCAAAUUUGGUCAGUUCACUUUACUGGCUUACAACUUGGUCAUGUUGAAUAAAUACAAUGAUCGGGAAACAAAUCGUGUGGAAGUAACCCAUUUAGCAUUACAAAGAUGUUUAGCUAUUCUGGUGGGUGUCAUUCUCGGCUUAUUUAUGACUGCUUAUGUGUGGCCUUAUGAGGCUAGGGUGGAAUUGCGCAAAGGUGUCUCCGAUUUCUUAUUACGAUUAGCAUGGCUCUAUCAGAAAUUGGUUCGCAUUUAUUCGAAACCGCUAUUAUCGUCAGCCACUCUUGAUUUGGAUGAGCAGACGCAGCAGCAACAAGGCGACAGGAAUGUGCCAGCGUCCAUCCUUACAGUAAACGAACAACAGCAGCAGACAGCACAAAUGUUUGUCGAGCUUGAGUUAGGUCUUCAGCGUAGUUUGCUCGAUUUACGCGAGCUGUUGAAUCAGACACCUAAUGAACCUCGUCUGAAAGGCGCAUUCCCAGUUUCUACUUAUAGCGAUAUUCUUGGAUCCUUACACAACUUGACAGAUAAACUCACGACAAUGCGGAUAGUCAUUCUCAAAGAGGAAUGGUAUGAACAAGUGCAAAAUGAUUUCAUAAUGCCAGUAAAAAUGGAAAGGAGGGAAAUGGUGGGAAACAUCUUGUUAUAUUUGUAUAUGUUAGCUUCCGCUAUGCGAUUAAAAACACCGUUGCCUCCUUACCUACCACCGGCGAGAAAGGCAUGGGAAUCAUUGGUUAUUCAAUUAAGACAACUACCUGUCGUUCGUUCACAACAAGUAUUAGAGAAAGACAACAUAUGCUUAUUCUACUACGCAUAUAUUAUGGUUCUCGAAGAUAUAGUACGCGAAUUGGACAAGCUUGGAACUUACCUAACGUUAUUAUUUGGUGCUAUUGUUCCCAAAAGUCAGUGGGAAAGCCUCUUCGAAGAGCAACCAAAGAAUGAUACCGAUGUGGAGCAAAAUAGUCUUGGUACAUUGAUUUUCAACGCGAGUAAUAAAUAA